AUGAAAUACUUUGUGAUUGUUGCUGCAUGUGUUACAGUGUCAAAUGCUUGUUCAUGUCUCCCAUUUGGUACGCCUAAGGAAUCAUUCUGUUCAUCCGAUUUCGUAUCUCAUGUGAAAGUGAUCUCAAAGAAGGACCCCAACACUAGCCCAGACGGGCUUCAAGACAUUACUUAUGUAGUACAACAUAUUUGUGUUUAUAGGAAGCCUUCUAAGAUCAAAAAAUUGUCUAAUCAAAUUGUCACAGCUUCAAAUUCAGCAGCUUGCGGAAUAGAGCUUGAUGUAGGAGUGGAAUAUCUGCUUGGAGGGAGUGUGGACGAGAAAGGUGUCGUACGCAGCUUUUUGUGCGGUAUAGUUGAAAAGUGGAGCGACGUUCCAUCAAAGGAGAAAGCAGAUUUGGGAAAGUACAAGUGCUGA